AUGUCGACGCCGACUACUGCUACUGCUACUUUGCCACCCCAUUCUCAUUAUCACAAUCCCCAUCAUCACUUCCCAUACUAUUCCGCCAACUCGUCGACCUCGUACCGCUCCGCGGCGAACCAACUCCUGCCCCCGACGAGCCGCGUCGCUCCCUCAUAUUCCACCUCCACCUCGAGUUACGCCCCCUCCACGACCACGCAGACGUCCUCGUCUACCGCGAAUGGGUCGUCUUUCUCCAGUGGCUCUUCUCUAGCCCGAUCACACCGACAAGACCUGGAACUACCUGCCAUCCUCGAGCACAACAAUUACACCACCAUGCCCGCCUCCAAGGCACGGCCCGCCAACGGCUCGCCGGACUCGCGAAAGAGGAGACGACACAGCCCCGUCGAUUGGAACAAGUUCUACGGUGGCCAGCCCCCAAAGGAGAUCAUCGUCAUUGACGACUCUCCCGGUCCCGAUGGUGCGGCCGUUUCUGCCGUCCCGGCCUCGCAGACCCUGACCAACGGCAGUGCCACAUACAACUACGCCAAUGGCGUCAACGGCGGUCCCGUCGCUGCCAACACAUCUGCCGCUCGGCACGCCCCUAAGAGGCGGAAACGAGACGACGACGCACCCACCGGCUCGGGUACCCGGUACGAUCCAGUCCAUCACAGCCGUCUGAACGGCUCAACCACGACCCCCCACCAGAACGGGGCGACACCUUCUGCCUCAACCAUCUCAUCUAGUGACAGGACCAACUCGGCCAUUCACACCACUGCUGCAACAUCGCUCGGCUCAUUAUCCUCGAACAGCCAAUACGACCAUGACGUCCAGCCCGGCAAUAAGCGGAAGCGGACUCGACAGCAGGUCGCCAACGAGGUCAAGCGUAGGGAAAAUGCCAUCAUUGGGCACGCCUAUCCGAGUUACCAUCCUCCCCCACAGCCGCCCAAGAAGGCUGCUGAUGUUCACGUCCGCGUGAUCCCAGACUCGUACAAGAGUGGCACCGUUGACGACAGUGAUGGUCAUUACAUUGUUGUUCCAGAUGCGGAACUCACGGAUAACUACCAAAUGAUCAAGAUGCUCGGCCAAGGAACAUUCGGCAAAGUGGUCCAAGCUCGUGACCGAAGGCGAAAUGAACUCGUUGCCAUCAAAAUUAUUCGUUCCGUGCAAAAGUACAGGGAUGCCUCAAGGAUAGAGCUCAGGGUUCUAGCGACGCUCAAGGCGAACGACGCCGAAAAUCGCAAUCGGUGCAUUCAUCUCCGCGACUGCUUCGACUACCGGGGCCACAUCUGCGUCGUCAUGGAACUGCUGGGACAGAGUGUGUUCGAUUUCCUCAAAGGCAAUCAGUUCGUCCCUUUCCCGAACAGCCAGAUCCAAAGUUUUGCGAGACAGCUACUUACCAGUGUCGCUUUUUUACACGACCUAAAUUUGAUCCACACUGAUCUAAAGCCCGAGAAUAUCUUGCUCUAUGACAGUGCUUAUCAAACGUUCACCUACAACAGAAAGAUUCCGUCCUCGUCGGUUCAAGUUAGUCGCAAUGCCACCCAGCGACGGGUUCUUUUGGACGCGGAGAUUCGUUUGAUCGACUUUGGAUCUGCUACUUUCCAGGACGAAUACCACUCCUCAGUAGUGUCGACUCGGCACUACCGAGCACCUGAAAUCAUCCUCGGGCUCGGAUGGUCAUUCCCAUGCGAUAUCUGGAGUAUCGGAUGCAUCCUUGUCGAGUUCUUUACCGGCGACGCCUUGUUCCAGACUCAUGAGAAUCUAGAACACCUGGCCAUGAUGGAGAAUGUUGUGGGCUCACGAAUCGACAGCCAUCUGGUCACGCAAGUCAACAAGAUGACCAGAAAUGGUGGCAACCCGGCCUCCAAAUACUUCAAGAGGGGUCGACUGGACUACCCAAUAGCCGAAACGACUAGGGCGUCGCGUCGGUUUGUCAAAGCCAUGAAGAAGUUGGACGAUAUCAUUCCCAACAACACCCCUUUCUUGAAAAAUUUCAGGGAUCUUCUGAAGAAAAUCUUCGUUUACGACCCCGCUCAUCGCAUCACAGCCAAGCAGGCCUUGCAACAUCCUUGGUUCAAGGAGACAGCCCACCCUGACGACGGCACUGAAGCUGCCAAGAUUAAAAUGGAACGGUUGCGGGCUAGCCAGGGGCUGUCAUCAGCUCGCAGCGUGCAUGGUUGA